CUCAGUGGAUUAUCUUCAAGACUCCUGGCUCCUCACAUGACAUCCAAAUAUCCUCUAUGCCACCCACUGGAAGAUAAAAUGGAGCACUGGUUUUCGGAGAGGGUUGCGAGAUCUGCUGAGGCUCCUCCCCCUGUGGACUGUGAAAUCAGCAAUUGGGGUGUUUGGAGUGAAUGUGACCCGUGUACUAACCAGAGGUACCGCUCACGCAGCAUUGUGAGGUUUGGCCAGUUUGGCGGUACCCGAUGUUUGAGCUCGCUGGGAGAAUAUCAAGCUUGCAAAGCAGGCAAGCCAUGUGAAGACACUGUGAUCGACUGUGGCAACGACUUUGAAUGUGAAACAGGUAGAUGUAUAAAAAGGAGGCUGAUGUGUAAUGGAGACAAUGAUUGUGGAGACAGUUCUGAUGAAGUCUGCGAUGACAGAGAUCCAAAACCUGUCUGCCGUCCGGAUGUUGAAUUGUCAGAACUUUCAAGGACAGCAGGAGAUGGUUUUAACCUCCUUGGGAUGGAUAUAAAGAGAAACCCCUUUGACAAUGAAUUUUUCAAUGGUUUAUGUGACCGUGUCCGUGAUGGUAACACAAGGACCUAUUUUCGCAAGUCAUGGAAUGUAGCUGCUCUUGUGUAUCAGACAAAGGCUGAUAAAUCUUUUACCACCGAAACCUAUGAGGAUGCUGUGGAGCUUUUGACUAAGGUUUUAAAGGAAAAUACUCAGGAGUUUGGGAUCUCAUUGACUGUGAAAGUGACGCCUUCUGAACACAAUGACACCACAAUUACUGGAAAUUUAGGAUUAGACUUCUCCAAAAAUGAAAGUAUUCAAACCAUCAAAGAAUAUUCCAAGAAAACGAGCAAACAAUACUUAAGGGUUUCGGGAUCUGUGCAGCUUGGAACUUUCCAAAUGAGAACUAGAGGUGUCACGUUAUCAUCAACUUUCAUUGAAGACUUGAACAGCCUCCCGUCCUCCUACCAAAAGGCAGAAUAUUUUGCUUUCCUAGAGAUGUACGGAACCCAUUACGCCGCGUCCGGAGUCAUUGGAGGGAGAUAUGAACUUGUAUAUGUGUUGGAUUCCAUAGCAAUGAAAACUAAAGAUGUCACCACCAAAUCUGUAGCGCAGUGUCUUGGAUAUAAUGCCGGCAUAUCGGUGGCAGCUGAAGGGAUUGAUGUUUCAGCUACUGCAAAAGGAUCAGAUUGUGAGAAGAUUCUGACAAAUGCCCAAGGGAAUUCACAGAGUUCUCCCGUGAUCGAGAAAGUCGUCUCAUUUGUGGAGGGAGGAACGAUAAAUUUUGCAACACUUCUAGAUGAGAAGCUUUCCCGAAAAAGCACAGACAUUGAUGUUGAACACUUUGUGAAAUGGGCGUCCUCCUUAGUAGAUGCCCCGGCUAUAAUAAGCAGGAAGCUUUCUCCCAUUUACAGCCUGGUUCCUGUUAAUCUCAGAGACGCCUAUAAAAAGACAAGGAACCUUGAGCAUGCGAUUGAAGAUUACAUUGAUGAAUAUAAUGUUUGUAAAUGUCAGCCAUGUCAGAAUGGGGGCACGCUGGUACUGCUCGAUGGGGAAUGCAUGUGCAAGUGCCCGAUGGACCAUACGGGUGUGGCCUGUGAAAAGGCGAAGCACGAGCUCUUCAGCAAGCCUUCUAAGCCUCAAGAUGGACGCUGGAGUUGUUGGAAACCCUCAUAUUCCUGCAUAAAUGAAGAAGAGAAAAGAACCCGAACUUGCAAUCCCCCAACACUUGGAGGAAAACCAUGUAUAGGAGAGAAUACACGGAACGUUCCAUGCUGAACCAUCUAUUUCUAGCCUAAGUUUUCCUGUGUUUUCUGUGUUUAUGCUGAUGCCUUGUCCACUUUAUCUUUUAGUCUCACAAUCCCGACUUGUACCAUUUCUAACUACGUUUCAUAACAUAAUUCUAUUUGACAUUAAAUGGGCACUGUCAGAUUCAAAAAUGUUUUAUAUGUUGUACAUCUUGGCAAAACAUUAACCUUUCUAAUAUACU